UACACUGUGAUAUGCUUGAAAUUUUCAGUCGCCCAGGGUCGUUUUUGUCGAUUCCACGAGACUCUGUUGCCCGCCCGCCUGUCAGUGUUGUUUUGGUGGCUUUUGCUUUUUGUUCAUCAUACACGAUCCGCUGAGCUGCGCGCGCGCUUCGAUCACGUUCGAUCGUCUUCAGUCAGUCCUCAAAGGAUACUCUUGUUCUGACGCACGCACACACGUCUGUGGAUUACACGCUGAUCGAUGUGCAAUUGAUCGCACAUCAUCCUUGCAACAAAAUUGGAUAAAGUGCCUGGAGGAGCAGGAUUCCUCCGUGAUUCUGUGACAGUGACCUAGCUGUGGAGUUUGUGAGAAGAGAAGAAGAAGAAGAGAUUCGUCAAGUGAAGUCAAAUUGUGCUAAAACAGGAGAAGUGUACGCAUCGUAACUGGCAUCGUCGUUAAUUAUAACCAUAAGGUGGUGCUUAUGGUAUGAAAUUGUUGUGAUAAAUCAGCAGUUUUUGUACAAACCUCGUCGAUAUCCAGGGUGCGAGGACACCAUUACCAGUGUAUUUUUAGUGCUAAGAAGUGGCAGGAGAUAAUCCAUCCUGACAGUGUCUGUGCGAGUGUCCGCAAAUCUACCCGCCAAAAACGCAUCGCCAUCCAGCCCAGAACGAGGAUAGAACACGCACACAGAAAGUUGAACUAGAGAGAGAGAGAGAGUGAAAAGGUAUUUUCUCCUUCUGGUGGCAAUCAGCACAUUUAUGUGCCAAUUUCUAUAAACAGGGUAGCGGCCAUGAUGUCCUGCCCCCUUCCUCUGCCUCUGCCACUACUUCCGCCAGCACUUCACGCCGAUUUCCCACCUGUUCACAUAGGAGUUAAGAGAGGUAGUGACGAACUACUGAGUCAAGCAGCUGUUAUGGCGCCUGCAUCUGAUAACAAUAACCAGGAUUUAGCAAGCAAAAAAGCAAAGCUGGAAACGAACACAGUCCUCGGUGGUGUUGGAAAACCAUCCCGUGUAAUACACAUCAGAAACAUACCGAAUGAGUCCAGUGAGGCGGAGGUCGUUCAGCUGGGGGUGGCAUUUGGUCGUGUGACCAAUGUUCUGGUGCUGAAAGGGAAAAAUCAGGCCUUCCUCGAGAUGGCCGAUGAGGUGUCUGCAGCCGCCAUGGUGGCCUGCUUCACAACCAAUCCACCACAGGUGCGCGGCCGGACGGUGUACGUGCAGUUCUCGAAUCAUCGGGAGCUCAAGACCGACCAGAGCCACUCAAUAGCGAGUGCAUCGGCGGCGCUGCAGAACCAGGACUUUCAGAUCCAGUCGCCAGCCAGUGGAUCACCCCUGCCCGUGUCCGGGACAGAUCCCACAUCUCAGGCUGUGCAGAACUCCACGUCGAGCGGCGGGGGUCCCAACACUGUGCUCAGGGUCAUUGUAGAAUCACUCGUCUACCCAGUCUCACUUGACAUCUUGCAUCAGAUUUUCCAGAGAUUUGGAAAAGUAUUAAAAAUCGUUACGUUUACGAAAAAUAAUUCAUUCCAAGCUCUCAUUCAGUAUCCCGAUGCUCAGACGGCUCAACAUGCAAAGACAGUCCUCGAUGGGCAGAAUAUCUACAACGGAUGCUGCACGCUGAGGAUCGACAACAGCAAAUUGACGGCACUAAAUGUCAAGUACAACAAUGAUAAAUCGCGGGACUUCACCAAUCCCUCGUUACCGCCGGGUGAGCCAGGAACGGAGGUCAUCGCGAGUGCCGGAGGCCUGGUGAACGCCAGCGACCUGCUGCUGCUCGCCACCCAGAGGCGACCAGCCCUGACAGGUGAUAGACUAGCAGUUAAUGGCCUGGGAGCGCCCGGAGUUCUGCCGCCAUUCGCCUUGGGCCUGGGAACGCCUUUGGCCAGUGCUUACGGAGGCGCUCUGCCGAGCCUGGGAGCUUUCGCUCUGGCCUCCACCGGUGCUCUGGGCAACGCCACACCUGCCCUGCGUGGUCUCUCCAAUGUGCUUCUCGUGUCCAACCUGAAUGAAGAGAUGGUCACGCCUGAUGCUCUAUUUACCCUCUUUGGGGUCUAUGGUGAUGUACAACGGGUGAAGAUUCUCUACAACAAAAAAGACUCAGCUUUAAUUCAGAUGGCUGAACCACAUCAAGCAUAUUUGGCAAUGAACCACUUGGAUAAGUUGCGACUGUGGGGAAAGUCGAUUCGUGUGAUGGCCAGCAAGCAUCAAGCUGUUCAAUUGCCAAAAGAGGGUCAACCAGAUGCUGGAUUAACGCGCGACUACUCUCAGAAUCCUCUGCAUCGCUUCAAGAAGCCAGGCAGUAAAAACUACCAGAACAUUUAUCCGCCAUCGGCGACACUGCAUUUGAGUAACAUUCCGUCUACAAUAGCUGAGGAGGAUAUUCGUGAUGCGUUCGUUAAAAAUAACUUCGAUGUUAAGGCGUUUAAAUUUUUCCCGAAGGACCGCAAAAUGGCUUUACUUCAACUGGCUUCCGUGGAAGAAGCAGUUCUGGCACUCAUCAAAAUGCACAAUUAUCAAUUGUCAGAGUCAAAUCAUCUCCGUGUGAGCUUCUCCAAGUCAAACAUUUAAGCUGUGCGACUGGGAAGUUGUGUGUAUUCAGCUGCGGUGGAAGCAUCAAAAGGGCGCGCCCAAUAGCCAGAUCGCAGCGCUUGCAGGGGCGGAAGGAGAAUUGAGGAAAUCUCAAAGAUGCAGCGAAUACAGAAUUGAAAAAUUGGCAAAACACGGAAUUGCUCACUUAUGUAUGCAGUAGCAAUUUGGACUCUUUGGAAUGAAUUCACUGAGAUUCUUAUAUAUUACGUCUUAUUGUUCUAUGUCUAUACUUUUAUGUUUUAUUUUUUUUCUUAGUAUAUUUUACACUCUCUUCCUUUCCAUUUGGGGAUUACUUCUAGGAAUAAUUCUUUAUUUGCGCAAGGAAAUAGAAAUCCUUUGUUGGAUGAAAUGAAGAAAGCAUAAGAUCUGAAUACAAGAUGAAAAGGAAGAGAUUUACAUGUGCAGUUUUUAAGGCCCAGUAAGAUUUUAGGAGUUUUAUUUUCACGUUCGACAGUCAAGUGUUAUUUAAACUGACAUUUUUAUGAAUGAUAUGACACAGUAUUUCUCCUGAAUAAUGUUAAAAGAAAAAAUGGAAGAAGAUGAAGAAAUAUUAUAUUUUUUAAUUUUACAAAAAACCUCCCUCUGAACGAUGUUAUGACAUGAUUUUCCAAUACGAUCUACCUUUGAUUAGUGAGAUAAGUUUAGUUUUUUAUUGUUAGUUUUUGUAUGCUUUAAAAAAAACAACAACAAAACCAUAUAAAUUGUAUAGAAGUUAAGUGAAACUGUUUGCAAGACAUUAACUAAGGCAGUUACAGAAAUAGUGCAAACAACUCAGAAGCCAAGUUGAAGAGACACAAAAAACAAUGAUCAAGGGCAGUUUAAGAGGAGUUGAAUUAUGAAUUUAAUAAGAGAAAAAGUGCAUAAGACAUUGCAAAGUAGCAGGAAAUGUGAGAAAUCUGAGGAGAUGGAAAUCAUUAGACAGAACUAAAUUAAAUAACAAAAUAAAUACAUACACUUUCAACUUAAAAAAAAUAUACCUACCUAUUAAAAAAAAAAACAAGUAAAUUUAAUGAGAAAUGAACAAAGUUAGAGGUGAAAUAUUAUGUAGAUGCGUUGAGCUUAUAUUUGAAACUAAAAAAAAAUUGAGAUAAAUAUUGUAAGAAAAUAAUUGAGAAAAUGGUGUAAAUGAUGAAAUUUAAAACAUGGUGAUUUAAUAAUAAUAUCUUUAAAUGAAAUACAUUAAAAAAAAUGAAUAAUUUUAAGAAUUGGGAAUGGAUAAUGACGGAUAUAUAUAUAUCAUAAAAUCCUCACUUUUACAAAAAAAAAAAUAUACACGAAAAAACGUGAUUUCAGAAGUAAAAAUUUUAGCUAGAUUGGGGAUUUAAAUAAAAAAAGAAUUGAUAAAACAAUAUUAAAAUAUCUUGUGAAGUGAAGGAAUCAGCGGGGGAAUGAUAAGAAAAACCCCUUGGCAUUACUUUCAUUGACAAUCAGCAUGAGAAGUGGAUCAUUUUACAAGGAAAAAAUUAUCCGUUUAAGACAGUAUAUCAAUAAAUACCAGAGAGAAAUUAUAGUGAAAAAAAAACUAUAACUGAGUGUUUAAGCAUCAGACAGUGUAAAAGCAUGACAAGAAAACUUGUGUAGAAAUAAUCGGUAAGUGUGAGUGCAUAGAGAGAAAUGCAAAUGACGCGAUGAAAGGCAUCUUUAUAAGUUCUUAGAGUGAAGCUAAUUAUUAAGAUAAUAUUUAGUGAAAAGUGGAGUAAGCUAGGCGUAUUGAAGAAAAAAAAAAACAUUAAAUUAUAUUAAAUGUUUAAGUAGUCAAAAGGAGUAAUUAUUGUUAAAGUAACACAAAUUAUUGUUAAGUUUAUCCCCUCCCGAGCAGCAAAAAGAAGAUUUAUUUGCCGUCAUCACACGUUGAAAUGCAAUUCCUUUGAGCUACUUUAGCAAUUAUGCAGACGCAUAAAGCCUUUGUUUCCCCCCAUCAAUUGUGGCACAACUGCAGAAGUUCAGCGCCCCAGAAGGCAUGCUGCGAAGUGCCAGAGGAGAGAAGCAAAUGCUCAAAUCUCAUCCAAUCUGCUUCUCACUGUUUUUUCUCUUCUAGAGUUCUUUCCUCAUGGUCAGAAAAGUAUAAAUAUAUAUACAGAGAAUUGGCCAAUUGUCUUGUAGCCAAAUUAUCCUCUUGUUUUGCAAAGUUUCACACCAGGGAAAAUGAAUUUAUCCCUCUUCAUAUCUUUGGCGUAAUAUAAUUCUCGAUAUUUGUCUUUGUUCGUGCAUUGGUGAAAAAAUAUCUUUGUUUUAAUCUGUGAUCAAGACCGACAAUCAUUGUAAUUUUAACAAAGAAGAUGGUAACAGAAAAAAGCGAGAAUUAAUGUUAAAAGCGCGCAUUCAAGCCCCAACCUUCGAUGUUUUUUCCCGUUCAGUUCAAAGUCUUAUCACUUCACCUGAAUUUCACUGAGUUUCGUAGUGUAUCGAGUCACUAGAAAUUGAUGUUAUAGCGAGUAUUGUAGACGGAAAGAGAGUGUAAGCAACUAUCGAGGAUCCUCUGAAAAUUCCCACGAAAAGCGACUAGAGAUUUGAAUAUUCACACACACAGAAAAUGUCUCUGGCAAGAGAGCACUUUUGCCACUGGACUGUAAUGUAGAGAAAAUACUAUUGACAUGACAAAAGUGUAAUUUUUAGAUGUAUAGAAAUAUAUUUGGAGGGUUUACCAUUUAGGACAAGUAUAAGGAACUAUAAAUUGUGUUUCACAAUAUGUGAGCACCGCCAAAUGAGUCAAUUCUAAACACUUUUUCGAGAAAAAAAAAUGAAGAGAAGAAGAAGAAUCAUAAGGAGCAGAGUUGAUAAAGCGAUUGGAUAUUACUUGUGGAUUUUAUACAGUGAUUGGGGUCACAAUAGGUAUCAUUUAUCCUGUUAAUUGAUUUUUCGGUGGUUUGGCGCAAGUCCAUCUGCCACAGGUUGAAAUCAAAGAGAAACUGAGAGAGAGAAUAAAAAUUGAUUUUAUAGCGAAAGGCAUAGAAGAAAUUUAUAGGUAAUAAACAGUAAAUCAGAAAGAGGUAUUUAUGAAUUAUCACCUGUAGAUUCUAGAGAAAUUGUAAAACUUAGCUAUUGUAUAUUGUAUUCGGGAUCGUGAGACAGAUAAAAGAGAGAGAGAGAGAGAAGCGAAAGCGCGUGGUGUAGACUUCAAAGCAAAAAUGAUUGACAUGAUGAAAUGAAUUUAAAAGUAAAAUUUUAUUGUGUGUAAGCAAGGAUAAAUUUGAUCAACACUCCGAUUCUCUUUAUAACUUCUUCAAGAAACCUUCUCUGAUAGGAAAAAUCUCUUCUAACCCGAAAGAAAAUCCUUCAAAGUAUUUUUGUGGACGAAACUUUCGCUAAAUAACAGGAUGGCUGAGAAGCGGGAUAAAAGAGUCAUUAUUUAAAGUGACGCACAAUAGGAAGAAAAAAAAAAUGAGGAAAAAAUACACAAGAUUGUGAGUGAGUAAAAAUAUCACGUGAAAAUUAAUCAAAGGCUUAAAUAGAAGAAGAAAAAAGAGAGAUAUCUUUACAGAGAGAGAGAAAAAAAUGUGCAAAAAAAGAAAGAUAUUAAAUCAGAGAUGAAGAAAAUUGUUUAUUUUUGGAUUAGCAAACAUCAUAUCUAACAUAUUGAAAAGAAGUAUUUUAAUGAAGAGAAGAAAGAUAUAUAAAAGGGCACAAUGUUCUUAUAUUGAAUAUAUAUGGAGAAUAUUUAAAUUUAUAUAAACAUAUUGAAGAUGAUCGUGCAGGAUGAGAAGAUGAGGACAAAGAAGUGCGUAAAAAUCACAUGAAUGCGAGGAAAGUGUAUGAUAAAAUUAGAGAUAAUUAAUAGGAGAUUGACGGAAUAGUGAAAGGCUAAAAGACAGUUUAGAUUAGCGCAAAGCCCACAUUUGAGAGUCGAGCGUCUUGACAAAAUAUGCUCUAAAAGCUAAGGAGAGAAAAAAAAGUAUUUCUUGAGAAUGUUAUAAUUUAUGAUUUCGCAAUGCGCGAGCGACGAGUGAGCGAUUUUCGUGGGUGUGAAAUUUGAGAUAAGAAAAAAAAAUAACUUGCAAAAGGGAAUUAACACAAGAGUUUAAGGAAGAAAAAUAAGAAAAAAUUAAACUGAAUACAGGUAAAUAAGGAAGAACAAAAUGCAUUGAUAGCGUUUGCCUCCGAAACUUUUAUCAUUUCUGAACAGUGGAAAAGAAAACACACACACACAUUUUUACCAACGUAUUCUUCAUCACAGAAUAACUUUCAACUGAGAGUAUUUCUUCAGAUAGUUAGUGAGACAGGAUAUGUGAAAAGAAUCAAUAUAUACUUCAAUAUUAUAGAUAAGCUUAAAAAUAUUAUGGAAAAGAAAAUUGUACCGUGACAAUUGAAUAAUGAAAUAGAUGAGAAAAACAUGAUGAAAUGACCAAUUAUUUAUCAGAAUUAUUAUUGUAUAUGUGUAUCAAGAUAAAGUACUAAAAAAAAAUGAAUUUAUUGUGAGGUAAAAAAGAGAGAGAUGACAAGAAAAUGAGGGAAUGACUAAGUAAAACGUAGUCAAAGUUGAGGACAAAAUGGAUUCAUUUUAGAUAAUGUCAGAAAAUACUGUAAAAAAACGCAGAAUAGUGAGGAAGAUACUUUUAAAAGAUGAAAGGAAAACCCAGUGAGAAUUAUAUAUAUUAUUAUUAUUAUAAAUAAAGAAAAAAAAUUUAUGGUAAAUGAAUAAAGAAAAGUCAUGAAGUAAAAAGUAAUCCUAUCUUUAAAGUGAUGAUCAAGAAAUACACACAAAAAAAAUGUGUAUCAAUGCGCGUCAAUAUUUUGAACUGGAAGGAAAAAAAAUACAUGUGAAAGAGCGAAUUAAUCAAUAGAAGUUGUACUGACUAAAAGAAAAUCUAUACAAAAAAGGAUACACUCUGUCGAACAAGAGGACAAUGGAAGGAAGAAAAAAACUGCGGAGAAGAGAAGGAAACAAUUUAAGGAGGAGUAAAUAAAUAAAUUAUAUUGCUAUAAUCUCUUAAUAACUAUACAAAAACUUACAUCUUACAUAUAAAUUAUCUAUAUUUAGCGCUAAUUUUAAUCUUACCUAUGACAUACCUAUGACUACAUUAUCAUUAUGAAUUAUCAUUAUUAUUAUAAAUGAAAUGAAUAAAAGUAAUGAACAGUGAAGCAAGAAAAACAAAUAUGAAAUAAGGCGAAAAAAAUCGAGAGCAAAUAAUGGAAAAAAAGUGAAAUAUUAAUCUAAUGUAAAAGGAAUGGAAAAAAAUACAAAUAUUUAGUAUCAAAUAUUGAAUAGAGAAGACAAAAAUACACAAAAUUUUACGAAAAAAAACGGAACGAAAGAAAAAAUGAAAAUUGCGACAAACAUCGCGAAAAUGGAAACAAACAUUGAAAAGAAUAAAAAAAAAGAAGAAGAAAAUCUUUAAGGCCUAAUUUUGUUAUCUCUGAUAAAUCUUCAUUAUAUUUUUAUCAUAAUUUUAUACUCUUUUUUUCAUCAUUUUAACGAUUCUGCUACGCUACUUUCAUUCUCAAUUAGUGGUUAAAAGAAUUUCUCAAUGAAAGCAAAAUGAAGAAUAAAAUCAAAUUGUUGCAUUCUCUUUCAAAAUGUACCAAAAACAAAAACAGAAAAAAAUCAGAGACGUGGUAAAGACAAACCUUUGGAAGACUUUGAACAACAACAACUCAAUGAAAGGUCACAAAAGUGUUUUUAGGAAGAAAAAAAAGGCUAAGAGAAAAUCAAUUUUUCAGAUAGAGAAGGAACAAAGAGAAAAAAAUGAGAGACCACAAAAAAAUUUAGUGAAACAAUGGAAUUUUGAAUUGUUAUCGAAGACAAAAUGAAAGAGAAGAAAAAUUAUAGAGAAAUGAAUUGUCAGAUUACUCAUUAAUUAUUAAAUAUUAUUAUUAUUAUACAUUUUACUAUAUUGAAGAAGAAAAAUGAUGAAAAAAAAAUUCAAAGAAUACAAAAGUACAGAAAGAACUCCGCCUCAUAGAAAAAAAACAACACUAUGAAUGUCAAUUUCCUUUCGUUACAAGAAUCUGUUAAGGACAACAUUAUGACGAGGGAAAGUGAUGUUGAGGAUCAUGAGUAAAUGAGAUCUAUCUUGUGAUUGUGUGUGAGAAAAUCUUUCUGUACUUUUCGAGGAAAAUAUAUUUAAUGAGAAAAGAUCCAGUCGCAUUUAAAAAUUUUGUCGUUUUAUAAUAAAAUGUGUAAAAUUUAUUAAGAACAAGA